GUUAGCUCGUUUUGGAGGAGGGUGUUCAUAGCGGGACAACGGUGGUGAGGGAGAGACGGGCGGAGGAGCACGGAGCGAGCGGAGUUGACGACCUUGAGGGUAUUCGAGGUAUGGGGGACGAGUUAGCGGAGGCAGGGCGGACAGGGUUGUCGUCUACGCUGCAUGAUAGAUUAGGGGGGGAUGAUGGUGCGCAGGUUGAGAGGGAGGCGGGAGUGGAGGUGGAUGAUGGUCCGCAGGUUGAGAGGGAGGCGAGAGUGGAGGUGGUCCAAGUGGAUGAUGGUGCGCAGGUUGAGAGGGAGGCAGGAGUGGGGGUAGAUGAUCGUGCGCAGGUUGAGAGGGAGGUGGGAGUGGAGGUGGAUGAUCGUGCACAGGUUGAGAGGGAGGCGGGAGUGGAGGUGGAUGGUGGUGCGCAGGUUGAGAGGGAGGCGGGAGUGGAGGUGGUCCAGGUGGAUGAUGGUGCGCAGGUUGAGAGGGAGGCGGGAGUGGAGGUGGAUGAUCGUGCGCAGGUAGAGAGGGAGGCGGAAGUGGAGGUGGAUGGUUGUGCGCAGGUUGAGAGGGAGGCGGGAGUGGAGGUGGAUGAUGGUGUGCAGGUUGAGAGGGAGGUGGGAGUGGAGGUGGAUGAUCGUGCGCAGGUAGAGAGGGAGGCGGGAGUGGAGGUGGAUGAUCGUGCGCAGGUUGAGAGGGAGGUGGGAGUGGAGGUGGAUGAUCGUGCACAAGUAGAGAGAGAGGAUGACGUCGUGACUACUCAGGAGGACGUGGUCAGGGCAGAUGGUACUGCGCUGGUUGAGGGAGAGGACAACGUGGUAGAGGGUGACGUCGCCCAUGACGGAGGAGAGGGCAGCGACACCCUUGACCCGACUGUCGAGCGUUUCAUCGCUGACGAGAUGGGUCCCGCACUAUCGGGUUUGACCCCGGGCACGAUGAGGGCACUGGGGGCGUCGCCAUCAGGAGAGAGCGGGGCGGUUGGCGAUGAGAUGCGGGAUUUUGCACAGAUGUCUUUCGGGGAUCCUCCCACCCCUCGUCAGAGUCGUCGCGCAGACAUAGAGGAUAUAGCGCGUGCCCUGGCGGCCGCUGGUUACUCCGCUGAGGAGAUCGAGCAGGCAUUCGCAGGAGCCUCCAGGAUUCGUACACGGGACACUCUUCAGCAGGGGUACGAGGAGGCACGAGAGCACCCUCAGGAGGAGCAUGAGGAUGCAGCCGCUGCAAAGAUCCCGGGAGGUAGCGGUCCGUUGGUACACUUCACGGGCAUGCAACUGACGACGACGACAUGCCCAAUUCGACCAUGUGUGCAUGGCUCAAGUUCUGAGGAGGUGGCACCUGACGAGGUACCACCGGUCGUAGUGGUGGAUUUAGGAUCAGAGCCAUCGCUUCAGACUUCCGUUAGUGGGCGGCGAGCUCCUGAGGAUACUGCUUGCCCAUUUGAUGCGGCAGAGCUCGCACGGGCUGCUGUGCAUAAUGUCACACGGAAGGAGGACACAUACUCACGGAGACCAGGCAUGCCGCCUCCUCCUCCGAGAUCACGUCACGGUGAUUCACCCUCGACACCAGCGUGUGCACACCUCUGCUCACCAUCCACGCCUGGCAGACCCAGGGUGAGGAGGGGGGAUGAGCAGUUCAUCGUAGAGGAGGACGAUCCCGAGACGGAGCUGGCACGUGACGAGGACCCGCCUGAGGAUGAUGAGUACAGAGAGGACGACGAGAGUCAGGAGGAGGAGAGGGAUGACGAGGAGGAGGAGGAGGACGACGACGACGAUGAGCCCUCCCCUCGACCACGACGUGGUUCUGGUAGACGGCAGGAGGAGUUUCAUGAGACGAGACCCCGCACGAGGAGUCGAGGACCAUCCGCUGCGACCGGGGCGAGCCGACGAGGUGUGUCACGGACAGGCGGCUCGGGUCGCGAGAGGCGGAGAGGCAGCGUGGCCAUAUCAUUAGACACCGUCAGAAAGACGGGACGAUUCGGAUCUAUUCUUCCUCAAUCUAGCAAAGACAAUUAUGUCUUUGCCGACGAGGAAGCAAUGAACAUCGUGGGUGUUAUUGAGAAUGUAGUUGUGAAGGUCGGACGAGUACACGUCCUUGUUAACGCACUAGUAAUAGAUGUGACGUGGACGCAGACCAGCGAACAUCCCGCGUGGAUCAAAAAUGUGGAGCUGCUGAUCAUACAAGCCUGGAGAACUAACGUCGAGGGCGACCUUCUCGGCUUUCUCUUUGGAUCGGUACGGCCGGGCCGUCGCCAGUUGAUUGCGCAGGAGCUCAUCACGCCAAUCGUACAAUUGGCGGACGAUCUCUCGCCCGACAUCUUUUCGCAAAGUGACGACAGCCCCGCUCCGUACGUUCUCAAGCGGUCGUUGGAUCCGUACCUUCAGUGGACUGCGUGCUUGGAGGAACCCAGGGACGAAGAUACGCUACCAUCACGGCAGGAGUACCUGAAGCGUUACGACAUCAUCCCUCACGCCUUUUAUCCGAAGGAGGAAGAAGUGGUGAUCAACGACGAUGAAGAAGACAACGACGAGGAAACGUCGGAGGAAGGAAGCUAUAGUGAGUAUAGUGAGGGCGAGCUGAGUGAAGUAGAAGAGGAGGAAGAAGAAACCGGAUUUGAGUGGGAAGCCCUGCCGGAGGAAGCUGCGCGCACGGGCACAGAAGCAGAAGACCCGGAGGCCGCACGAAAACGGGAAGAAAUCGCCACCGGGAAGUGCCAGCUGGAGUUAGCCAGCGGAGUAAACCUGCGCAUCGGUGACGAUCCGACCAAGAAUCCGGAGCCGCAGAAGCCCGAAGAUGGCGACCCCGCAGCCGCCUCCCCAAGCACCUCACGACGGAGACAGAGCAGAUCCCCCUCCUCCUCCAGCCCCACCCGUCCCCCAAGCACAUGGCUCUCUGUCGAUGAUCCCGAGGCUCAUCUUCCGUUGUUGCUGUUAGGAUCGCUGAUCGGGACGGUGCUCGUCUGCGUCUUCACUGCCAGAACGCUUUCUUGGCUGGGUGCCAGAAGAUGGAGCCAGUUUGGAAAACCGAAGGAGGAAGAGGAGGCAAAGGCCGGGCGUAAACUCAAACUGCGUCUGUCCCCCGGGCCUGCACCAUGGCCGAUCAUGGGCAAUCUGUUUCAGCUGCAACGUUACCCCCACAGAGGGCUUGCCAAGAUGGCAGAGAAGUACGGCGGGGUGAUGACCGUCCAGCUGGGCUCGGUUCGGACGCUGGUGGUGUCCAGCCCGGCGGCUGUCAAGGAGAUUCUGGUCGAUCAGGGAGCCACGUUUGCCUCACGACCGCUAACUGCGACCAUUGACGCGUUGACAUCUGGCGGUCGGGAUUUCGUCUUCGCCCCGUACGGUCCCUUGUGGCGGAAGCAUAGGAAGAUGGCCAGUGUGCACAUGUUCUCCCCAAAGAGGAUGGCACAAGUAGACGGGAUCCAGCGAAAGUUCUUCGCUUGUCUAGAGGAGGAGCUGCUGAGGAAAGGAGGAGGAUCAGGAGGAGCAGACAAGCAGGAACGAGGAGAUAUGGGGGGAAAGGAGCAGGGGAAUGAUUCGCCGGGGAGGACCGAGGAGAGGACGAACACCUCCUCCUCCUCCUCCUUCUCCUUCUCCUUCUCCAAUCACGUGUCUGAGGCAAAGGUAGGUGGUGCAGGAGACAAAAUGGAGGCCAUCACUGACGGGCGGCGGGACACGGACGGGCUCGGACGCUGCCAGCCUGAUGAUGGAAAUGGGCGGGACCGCAGUGUGGGGACCACCACAAUGGAAGAACUCGAGCCGGUGGAGUUUCGAGAAAAAAUGUUUUGCUUCAUCCUGGACACGUUAACGUAUGUCAUAUUCGGCUCCCCUGUGACGCCUGGGAUGCGCCGCCGCGUGGCAAGGUCCCAGCUUGCCGUGGACUGCAGCCCGAAGACAACGACGAUGACGACGGGAUCGCAGCAGGAUGGUGAUGGUGAUGGUGUUUCAUCACGGAGCGGACUCUGGACGAACAUCCACGGCAAAAGAUUCCGCACCCUCAUCUUGGAGCUCGUCGAGAAGAGGCGGGAAUCACGACAAAAGUUCAUAGUGGGCGACAGCGCCGUCCUAGAUCGAGGCCAACCAACAGCUUUGACAGCCGUCGGAUUGAAUUUCGAGAAUCCGGAUGCGAUGGUGGAUGUGGUGUUCGAUAAUCUCCUCUCUGAUGAGACUGCUGCUGCUGGCGCCGCGGCGACGGCCGCGGCGGCGGCCGUGGCUGCAAAGAACUUGGCGGCUUCUAGCAGCUUUAAGAACGGCCAGGAGGUCCUAGAUCGAGGCCAACCAACAGCUUUGACAGCCGUCGGAUUGAAUUUCGAGAAUCCGGAUGCGAUGGUGGAUGUGGUGUUCGAUAAUCUCCUCUCUGAUGAGACUGCUGCUGCUGGCGCCGCGGCGACGGCCGCGGCGGCGGCCGUGGCUGCAAAGAACUUGGCGGCUUCUAGCAGCUUUAAGAACGGCCAGGAGGUCCUAGAUCGAGGCCAACCAACAGCUUUGACAGCCGUCGGAUUGAAUUUCGAGAAUCCGGAUGCGAUGGUGGAUGUGGUGUUCGAUAAUCUCCUCUCUGAUGAGACUGCUGCUGCUGGCGCCGCGGCGACGGCCGCGGCGGCGGCCGUGGCUGCAAAGAACUUGGCGGCUUCUAGCAGCUUUAAGAACGGCCAGGAGGUCCUAGAUCGAGGCCAACCAACAGCUUUGACAGCCGUCGGAUUGAAUUUCGAGAAUCCGGAUGCGAUGGUGGAUGUGGUGUUCGAUAAUCUCCUCUCUGAUGAGACUGCUGCUGCUGGCGCCGCGGCGACGGCCGCGGCGGCGGCCGUGGCUGCAAAGAACUUGGCGGCUUCUAGCAGCUUUAAGAACGGCCAGGAGGUCCUAGAUCGAGGCCAACCAACAGCUUUGACAGCCGUCGGAUUGAAUUUCGAGAAUCCGGAUGCGAUGGUGGAUGUGGUGUUCGAUAAUCUCCUCUCUGAUGAGACUGCUGCUGCUGGCGCCGCGGCGACGGCCGCGGCGGCGGCCGUGGCUGCAAAGAACUUGGCGGCUUCUAGCAGCUUUAAGAACGGCCAGGAGGUCCUAGAUCGAGGCCAACCAACAGCUUUGACAGCCGUCGGAUUGAAUUUCGAGAAUCCGGAUGCGAUGGUGGAUGUGGUGUUCGAUAAUCUCCUCUCUGAUGAGACUGCUGCUGCUGGCGCCGCGGCGACGGCCGCGGCGGCGGCCGUGGCUGCAAAGAACUUGGCGGCUUCUAGCAGCUUUAAGAACGGCCAGGAGGUCCUAGAUCGAGGCCAACCAACAGCUUUGACAGCCGUCGGAUUGAAUUUCGAGAAUCCGGAUGCGAUGGUGGAUGUGGUGUUCGAUAAUCUCCUCUCUGAUGAGACUGCUGCUGCUGGCGCCGCGGCGACGGCCGCGGCGGCGGCCGUGGCUGCAAAGAACUUGGCGGCUUCUAGCAGCUUUAAGAACGGCCAGGAGGUCCUAGAUCGAGGCCAACCAACAGCUUUGACAGCCGUCGGAUUGAAUUUCGAGAAUCCGGAUGCGAUGGUGGAUGUGGUGUUCGAUAAUCUCCUCUCUGAUGAGACUGCUGCUGCUGGCGCCGCGGCGACGGCCGCGGCGGCGGCCGUGGCUGCAAAGAACUUGGCGGCUUCUAGCAGCUUUAAGAACGGCCAGGAGGUCCUAGAUCGAGGCCAACCAACAGCUUUGACAGCCGUCGGAUUGAAUUUCGAGAAUCCGGAUGCGAUGGUGGAUGUGGUGUUCGAUAAUCUCCUCUCUGAUGAGACUGCUGCUGCUGGCGCCGCGGCGACGGCCGCGGCGGCGGCCGUGGCUGCAAAGAACUUGGCGGCUUCUAGCAGCUUUAAGAACGGCCAGGAGGUCCUAGAUCGAGGCCAACCAACAGCUUUGACAGCCGUCGGAUUGAAUUUCGAGAAUCCGGAUGCGAUGGUGGAUGUGGUGUUCGAUAAUCUCCUCUCUGAUGAGACUGCUGCUGCUGGCGCCGCGGCGACGGCCGCGGCGGCGGCCGUGGCUGCAAAGAACUUGGCGGCUUCUAGCAGCUUUAAGAACGGCCAGGAGGUCCUAGAUCGAGGCCAACCAACAGCUUUGACAGCCGUCGGAUUGAAUUUCGAGAAUCCGGAUGCGAUGGUGGAUGUGGUGUUCGAUAAUCUCCUCUCUGAUGAGACUGCUGCUGCUGGCGCCGCGGCGACGGCCGCGGCGGCGGCCGUGGCUGCAAAGAACUUGGCGGCUUCUAGCAGCUUUAAGAACGGCCAGGAGGUCCUAGAUCGAGGCCAACCAACAGCUUUGACAGCCGUCGGAUUGAAUUUCGAGAAUCCGGAUGCGAUGGUGGAUGUGGUGUUCGAUAAUCUCCUCUCUGAUGAGACUGCUGCUGCUGGCGCCGCGGCGACGGCCGCGGCGGCGGCCGUGGCUGCAAAGAACUUGGCGGCUUCUAGCAGCUUUAAGAACGGCCAGGAGGUCCUAGAUCGAGGCCAACCAACAGCUUUGACAGCCGUCGGAUUGAAUUUCGAGAAUCCGGAUGCGAUGGUGGAUGUGGUGUUCGAUAAUCUCCUCUCUGAUGAGACUGCUGCUGCUGGCGCCGCGGCGACGGCCGCGGCGGCGGCCGUGGCUGCAAAGAACUUGGCGGCUUCUAGCAGCUUUAAGAACGGCCAGGAGGUCCUAGAUCGAGGCCAACCAACAGCUUUGACAGCCGUCGGAUUGAAUUUCGAGAAUCCGGAUGCGAUGGUGGAUGUGGUGUUCGAUAAUCUCCUCUCUGAUGAGACUGCUGCUGCUGGCGCCGCGGCGACGGCCGCGGCGGCGGCCGUGGCUGCAAAGAACUUGGCGGCUUCUAGCAGCUUUAAGAACGGCCAGGAGGUCCUAGAUCGAGGCCAACCAACAGCUUUGACAGCCGUCGGAUUGAAUUUCGAGAAUCCGGAUGCGAUGGUGGAUGUGGUGUUCGAUAAUCUCCUCUCUGAUGAGACUGCUGCUGCUGGCGCCGCGGCGACGGCCGCGGCGGCGGCCGUGGCUGCAAAGAACUUGGCGGCUUCUAGCAGCUUUAAGAACGGCCAGGAGGUCCUAGAUCGAGGCCAACCAACAGCUUUGACAGCCGUCGGAUUGAAUUUCGAGAAUCCGGAUGCGAUGGUGGAUGUGGUGUUCGAUAAUCUCCUCUCUGAUGAGACUGCUGCUGCUGGCGCCGCGGCGACGGCCGCGGCGGCGGCCGUGGCUGCAAAGAACUUGGCGGCUUCUAGCAGCUUUAAGAACGGCCAGGAGGUCCUAGAUCGAGGCCAACCAACAGCUUUGACAGCCGUCGGAUUGAAUUUCGAGAAUCCGGAUGCGAUGGUGGAUGUGGUGUUCGAUAAUCUCCUCUCUGAUGAGACUGCUGCUGCUGGCGCCGCGGCGACGGCCGCGGCGGCGGCCGUGGCUGCAAAGAACUUGGCGGCUUCUAGCAGCUUUAAGAACGGCCAGGAGGUCCUAGAUCGAGGCCAACCAACAGCUUUGACAGCCGUCGGAUUGAAUUUCGAGAAUCCGGAUGCGAUGGUGGAUGUGGUGUUCGAUAAUCUCCUCUCUGAUGAGACUGCUGCUGCUGGCGCCGCGGCGACGGCCGCGGCGGCGGCCGUGGCUGCAAAGAACUUGGCGGCUUCUAGCAGCUUUAAGAACGGCCAGGAGGUCCUAGAUCGAGGCCAACCAACAGCUUUGACAGCCGUCGGAUUGAAUUUCGAGAAUCCGGAUGCGAUGGUGGAUGUGGUGUUCGAUAAUCUCCUCUCUGAUGAGACUGCUGCUGCUGGCGCCGCGGCGACGGCCGCGGCGGCGGCCGUGGCUGCAAAGAACUUGGCGGCUUCUAGCAGCUUUAAGAACGGCCAGGAGGUCCUAGAUCGAGGCCAACCAACAGCUUUGACAGCCGUCGGAUUGAAUUUCGAGAAUCCGGAUGCGAUGGUGGAUGUGGUGUUCGAUAAUCUCCUCUCUGAUGAGACUGCUGCUGCUGGCGCCGCGGCGACGGCCGCGGCGGCGGCCGUGGCUGCAAAGAACUUGGCGGCUUCUAGCAGCUUUAAGAACGGCCAGGAGGUCCUAGAUCGAGGCCAACCAACAGCUUUGACAGCCGUCGGAUUGAAUUUCGAGAAUCCGGAUGCGAUGGUGGAUGUGGUGUUCGAUAAUCUCCUCUCUGAUGAGACUGCUGCUGCUGGCGCCGCGGCGACGGCCGCGGCGGCGGCCGUGGCUGCAAAGAACUUGGCGGCUUCUAGCAGCUUUAAGAACGGCCAGGAGGUCCUAGAUCGAGGCCAACCAACAGCUUUGACAGCCGUCGGAUUGAAUUUCGAGAAUCCGGAUGCGAUGGUGGAUGUGGUGUUCGAUAAUCUCCUCUCUGAUGAGACUGCUGCUGCUGGCGCCGCGGCGACGGCCGCGGCGGCGGCCGUGGCUGCAAAGAACUUGGCGGCUUCUAGCAGCUUUAAGAACGGCCAGGAGGUUGUAUACUGCGAGACAGAAGCCUGCCUGCUGUUAACGAGUCUGUUAUCAGCGGGCACGGACACGACGACCUCUGUAACUGUUUUCCUUCUGAUGGAAUUGCUCCGUCAUCCGAAGAUGAUGGCGAAGCUGAAAGCAGAGGUAGAUGAGGCCGUCGAAGUCGCAGGAGAUUCGCAGAAGUUUCUAUCAGAGAAUGAUCUGGAGAAUCUGCCUUACCUCAAUGCAGUUCUGUACGAGACGCUGUGUCUGCACACCCCCGGUCCGCUGUUUACUCAUCAAGCUGUGGAAGACGCUGUAGUGUUUGGCUAUGACGUCCCCGCAGGAACUCAGGUGCUUGUCAACGCUUGGGCCAUUAUGCACGACCCUGAGGUGUGGCCCGAGCCAUGGGAGUUUCGCCCCGAAACGGUUCAUCCGAGAUGGGCGGCUGGCCGACGACCUGCAUCCUGAUGGAAAGAACUUUGCCUUCAUCCCGUUUGGUGCGGGAAGAAGAGUGUGCCCAGGUAUGCGGCUCGGGCUCAA